CUAACACAACCAUCGUGGCGCUGGAGAGCAAGGUGGACUCUCUCGAGAUGCUGGUUGUCGACCUGAGACAUAAGAACGAGGAGCUGGCGAUGGAGGCGGAGGAGGCCCGCCGCCACGCCGCACGCCUGCAGGGAGAGCUGGACAAGGCGAAGAAGGAGCUGCUGAGGCUGGAGGACGAGAACAAGCAGCUGAAGCGCGACCUCGCCAAACUCACCGGCGACCUGCGCGACGCCAACGAGCGCAUCAGCCAGCAGGAGAAGACCAUCCAGGAACUGAACGUCACCAUCACGCACCUGGAAGCCGACAACAAAGAGCUUCAAGAUGCUCUCCGGGAGGAGGAGGCUGCGCGCAAGCACGCCGAAACCCGCUGCAAGGAGCUGGCGCUGGAACUGCAGUACACUCGCGCCGAGUACGAGAAGAAACUGCAGAUGCUGCAAGAUCAGAUGGAGGCACUGCGCAAGCAGAUGCAGAUGGAGCUGGACGCCCUUAUCGUCAAGAUGGCCGACAUGGAGGCUCGCCACAAGGCAGAGGUCAACCGCCUGAAGAAGAAGUUCAUGGCCGAAAUCAACGAACUCGAGAUGGCCCUGGAGAGCGCCAACGCGGCCCGCCUCGAGGCAGAGAGGAAGUGCAAGGCCCUCGCAGCUCAGCUCAAGGACCUGCAGGGACUGUACGAGGACUGCCAGCGCCAGCUGCAGCAGACCCUGGACCAGAUGAACGCCCUGCAGCGUCGCUGUCUAUUACUGCAGUCGGAGAUCGAGGAAGUUCGCAGCUCUCUCGAGAUCACCAUGCGCCAGAAGAAGAACCUGGAACUCGAGUUGGACGAUGCUCAGGGUCCGUGUCAACGAUCUGUCGUCAGCAAUGUCAGAUGCUUAUGGCGCUUAAAGUCCAAGCUGGAGGCCGAACUCGCGCCGGACUCUCAAAGCGAGCGCUGGAUGACAUCAGCACCCGACUUCCUCUCUCAUUUGCAGAUGGAGGCUCGGCAGCCGGCCCAGGACGCUGCCAUGAAGGCUGAAGGAGGGCCCGCCGUGGCACUGAUGACGCUUCGACAGCGCGCAUCUAACGGGAAAUCGUCGUCUAACGUCAGCAAUGCUGAUGCUGGUGGGCGUGCGUUCUUUUACAUCAAGGAUCUCCAGGUUCGUUGGGCUGAGGUGCGACGGACUAACGCCAUGGUCGUUGCUAAGCCGCGACAGAUCGCCAAGAUGGGAGCAGGCUGCGUGAUUCCGAGGCUGAGCUGGACGAGGAGAGGAAGAAGUGUGCUGGCAUGGACAAGGGCAUCAAGGUCCGCGACAGGCGCGUACGUGAGCUGUCUAUCGAGAUCGAGGACUAACAACGCUCGCAUUCGUUGUGCUGCCAGGAGACCGUCGAGAAGUUCCAGGUCAAGAUCCCAGUCGUACAAGCGCGGCCUGGAUGAACAGGAGGCGCAGAACCAGAACGUCACAGGCCGUCUGCGUCGCUACCAGAGAGAGCUCGAGGAUUCGGAGAGCCGCGCCGAGCAGGCCGAGAGCAACCUGAGCGUGAUGCGCUCCAAGCACCACACCGUCAUCAGCAGCGGCCGUCGCUCCUCCCUCGUCAUCGUCGACGAACGCGCCGCUCGCCGCUUCUAAACGCCCGGCGCCACCAUCGCCGUCAACGCGAACGCUCGCCCGCGCCUGUUUAUGCCGAGUUCGUGACGUGUCGAGCCAGCGCGCGCGUUUUGUGUGUGACGUAGUCGAAAAAUGAGCGCAUUUUGUGUGUGACGUCAUCGGAAGUGUUGAGUGAGUGACGGCACGGGUGACGUCGUCGAAAACCGUGAAGAGGUUUCCCUUUGGCAGACUCGGUCGGUGCGCUGACGCGCGCGUCACGGAGUCGGCAUAAGCAGAGAGUUUUGUUUAUUCACGUCGUACAAGUUGUUUUCUUUUUCGCUGGAGUAUAAUAAUAAUGAUGGCCGGACGCGAGAUGGUGUAGCGGACAUCUUUGCUCCCACCCCACCCCAACCACCGUAGUGCGUAGCUGAGAGUUGAGAGACACGCCACGUUAUAUAUAUAAACUCUUGUGUUCAUCGUCAUCAUAAAUCUGUAAAAAAUUACUCUGUCUCUCCUCGCUUCUUCCGAAUCUCUGUCAUCAAGCAAUCGAUUUCGCGAAUCGAUUAAUUAAAAAUCAAUCAAUCGCUGUGUAACGCUUCCUUUCGUUUAGCUAAUAAAAGUUCGAUGCAUGUUCAUUUAACACUGAA